CCCAUCUCUCAUUAACAACACAUACAAACACACACAAAAAACACAACAAAAAACCCAUUUUCCAUGAUGGCUUAUACUUGUUCUUCUCCUUCUUCCUCUACCUCCUCUUUCUUCUCCAUCAAACCCAAAACCCCAUCUCCCAAACCCCAUUUCCCAAAACCCCAUUUCAUCAAAGCCUCCACAAACCCAUCUCCUCCACCACCACCACAACAACAGCCAAAACCCAUCUCAGUCUCCAAACCCCGCCGCCCACUCGACGAAAACAUCCGCGACGAGGCUCGCCGCAACAACCCAACGUAUUCCCACCUCUUCUCCGCCAAGUACGUCCCUUUCAACCCGGACCCAUCUCACCAAACCUCCGACGAGUCCUACUCCCUCGACGAGAUCGUGUAUCGCUCUCGAUCCGGCGGGCUGCUCGACGUCGAGCACGACAUCGCCGCCUUGAAAACCUACGACGGCAAGUACUGGCGCGACCUCUUCGAUUCCCGCGUCGGCAAAACCACGUGGCCUUACGGCUCCGGCGUCUGGUCCAAGAAAGAAUGGGUCCUCCCGGAGAUCGACGACGCCGAUAUCGUGUCGGCUUUCGAGGGAAACUCUAACCUUUUCUGGGCUGAGCGUUAUGGCAAACAGUUUCUGGGCAUGAAUGAUUUGUGGGUUAAACACUGUGGGAUUAGCCAUACUGGGAGUUUCAAGGAUUUGGGUAUGACUGUUUUGGUGAGUCAAGUGAAUCGGCUUCGAAAAAUGAACCGUCCUGUUGUUGGGGUUGGCUGUGCCAGCACCGGAGACACCUCGGCCGCGCUUUCGGCCUAUUGUGCCUCUGCUGGGAUUCCCUCCAUUGUUUUCUUGCCUGCUAAUAGAAUCUCCAUUGCCCAGUUGGUUCAGCCCAUUGCCAAUGGCGCUUUCGUGUUGAGCCUCGACACUGAUUUCGAUGGAUGUAUGCAUCUCAUCCGUGAGGUAACCUCUGAAUUGCCCAUUUAUUUAGCUAAUUCAUUGAAUAGUUUGAGAUUAGAGGGUCAGAAAACUGCUGCUAUUGAGAUUUUGCAACAAUUUGAUUGGCAAGUGCCUGAUUGGGUUAUAGUUCCGGGUGGGAAUCUUGGGAAUAUAUAUGCUUUUUAUAAAGGUUUCCAUAUGUGUAAAGAAUUAGGCCUUGUGGAUAGGAUUCCUAGGUUAGUUUGUGCUCAGGCUGCCAAUGCAAACCCGCUUUACUUGCAUUACAAGUCAGGGUGGAAGGAUUUCAAGGCUGUAAAGGCGAAUGCUACGUUUGCAUCCGCUAUUCAGAUAGGUGAUCCCGUUUCGAUUGAUAGAGCAGUGUAUGCCCUGAAGAAUUCUAAUGGGAUUGUUGAGGAGGCAACUGAGGAGGAGUUGAUGGACGCUAUGGCGGAGGCGGAUUCAACUGGGAUGUUUAUAUGCCCGCAUACGGGUGUUGCAUUGACUGCAUUGAUUAAGUUGAGGAAGAGUGGGGUGAUUGGGAAGACAGAUCGGACGGUGGUGGUGAGCACUGCACAUGGGUUGAAGUUUACUCAAUCUAAGAUUGAUUAUCAUUCUAAGGAGAUUAAGGAUAUGGCGUGCCGGUUUGCUAAUCCGCCGGUUCAUGUCAAGGCUGAUUUUGCAUCGGUUAUGGAUGUGUUGCAGAGGUAUUUGUUGAGUAAGUCGCCGAAUCAUUAGGGCAUGAUUGAUUGUUGAGCAUUGUUAUUUGGUUUGGUUGGCUUUGGUGUUUGUUAUUUUUGUUUUGCUUCUUGUUGUUCGAUGUAGGACAAGGAAAUGUUUAAGAUGAGUAACUGUUAUAGUCUUAUAUAAGCUUUGAUAGGAAAGGAGUUUAGUUGUAACCUGUAAGGCAGCAUAGCCAAAUUUUGGACAAAUUCCUUGUAAUUUGAAUUCGACGACAUUUCUGUUUACUC